CCCCGCUGAGUGACAGGAUUACUAUUUAUCAAACACAUAGCUGAUAUAAUUCAUUUCCGACUGUCGACAAUUUUGAUCAGUUACCUGUCGGGCGGGAUGAGGGGACAGUAGUAAGAUACCUAUCCACGAGGUCUUUUUACACCUGUACACAGAUUUCACUACUUGUAAUCAAGUCAAGAUGUCCUUCCGGGAUCACCGCAACGUCAACAUGGAGUCCAAGUUGAAGGAGGUGAACCACCUUGACAACAUGAGCAAAGGAAUGAACAAGGCGCGGGAGUAUCUCAUACUAUUUCUCACCUACAUACUUUACAAGAUCACACGCUCCAUCGUCGUGACCUUCCAGAAGUUUACGUGGGCAGUUACCGGUGUCGAGAGGACACGGAAGGACGCACAGCGAGGAUUACAAUUUAAACUAAGUGCGCAUGUCCAGAAUGUUUUAUGGCGACGGAAGUUGUUUGGUAUGACGAUGGCUGACCCGUCUGAUUUCAUUACAACACAUAAAUGUUUUAAACAUCCAAAUUAUGUGCUAAAGCCCCAGAUAUCUUUAUAUUGUAUCACCAAGAAGGAGGCCAUAUUUGUUGAAGUUAAGGAGGGAACAGAUAUACAUGGAUCAUCAGAAGAUACGUCAUUAUUUGAGGAACAGUUUAAGCAUGCUCAGUGUCUCAUCUCCAUUCCUCUGGCCUCAUUUCAUAAGGUAGCUUCAGAUCUCGGAGCUCCCAGGGUACCUAUCAUAUGGAUCUCAAGCACCGGGCGUUACGGUUCCACUCUUCUCACGCGUGUGUUUGCGCAACUUCCGGGUAUGAUGGUAUUGUCGGAGCCCGAUGUCCUUACUAGUCUAGCUUACUUAAAGAAAACUAAUCGAAUUAACAAAGGAGAAUAUGAACAACUACUGCCUAGCUCUGUCCGUCUUCUCUGUAAACCGGACGACAGGGCAGGAAUGAUUUGUGUGAAAACGAGGCCGAGUUGUACAGGACAGAUGGAGGAUGUGUACAGGAAUUUUCCGCAGAUAUAUCAAAUCUAUGUAUACCGAAAUAGUCUCAAAACUGUGACGUCAUCUCUGAGUCUGUUCACAGAGGAACCGUUUGCCAUGAUGGCCCGUUACAUCAUCGACAACAAGAUUUUAUCUACAGUUAUGCCGUGUUUUAGAAGCUUCUUAUACUCUAACUUCUGCUUUUUACUAGAUCACGACCAUCCCGCUAUGCCUCCGAAAAGCCUGAGCAGUGUGGGAAUAUUUACGACGUCAUGGGCCGCCAGUAUUUCGCGCUGCGUGGAGGCUAUCGAGGCGCGCGUGCCAGUCAUUGCACUUCUUUAUGAAGACAUGAUGAAAAACCCUCGUAAAACCUGUUCAAUUCUGUUCGAUUUCCUCGACAUUCGCCGAGAGUAUAUAGCAUCUGCCACGGAGGGCUUCAAGGUUGACUCGAACAGGGGCUCACUUAGUCAAAGCCUGGUCAUUAGUGAUUCCAGGAGGACAAUCCCUCAGGGGUUCCGUGUGGAAGCUGACUCUAUCCUUCGGAAGCACAAUCUACCAAGACUCGGCGAGAGAUAUGAAUUACCGGGUCUUAUCGACUUUGAAGCCUCCAAACUGUCUAGAAUGAACUCAAGUAACAAAUUUUACUGACCAUUACAUAUGAAAAUAGUUACUUUGUUCGCUGGUUUGUAGUAUAUUCUCUAGGGAAUGCAUCUUUUGGUAAGAUUUUCAUCCAAUAACACCACUUCGGAUUCCAACAUACUGUUACACUUGCCGAUUUUACAAAGCCCCUCUAAUCCGUGUUGCUUUGAAUAGACGCCUUCCAUUCUUAGAGAGUCGACUUCAUAGCAUGGAUAGGAGAGUUCUCAUAUCAAUACACGUUAUAUAAGUGUUCCUCACUGGAUAUAUUCAUCACAAAUAAAAUUAGAAGUUUAAUAUCUUA